ACACCAACGAGACACAUUACACAUUCGCAGCGUGCUCCGAGUUUCCAACCGACCCGACGACCGUGCUUUUCCGUUCCGCUCCGUUCCGGGAAAAAUGUCAGAAUCCAGCGCCAUUAACGGCAAUCACUACGAACAGCUCCAUCAGGGCCGCACCAAGAUGUACAAGUCCAAGGUGGCCGUUGUCCUGGGCGCCCAGUGGGGUGACGAGGGCAAGGGCAAGGUGGUGGACAUGCUGGCCUCCGAUGUGGAUAUUGUAUGCAGGUGUCAGGGUGGCAAUAACGCUGGACACACUGUGGUGGCCAAUGGCACGGAGUUCGACUUCCAUCUCCUGCCCAGCGGCGUUGUGAACGAGAAGUGCGUCUCAGUGAUCGGCAAUGGUGUCGUGAUCCACCUGCCCUCGCUCUUCGACGAGGUGCUCAAGAACGAGGCCAAGGGGCUGCAGCAUCUGGAGAACCGGCUGAUCAUCUCCGAUCGCGCUCACCUGGUCUUCGACUUCCACCAGCAUGUGGAUGGCAUGCAGGAGGCCGAGAAGGGUGGCAAGUCCCUGGGCACCACCAAGAAGGGCAUCGGCCCGGCCUACUCCAGCAAAGCCACCCGCAAUGGUAUCCGUGUUGGCGAGCUUCUGGGCGACUUUAAUCUGUUCAGCGACAAGUUCAAGUCGAUUGUGGCCACGCACGUGCGCCUGUUCCCAUCGAUUAACGUGGAUGUGGAGGCGGAGUUGGCCCGAUACAAGGACUAUGCGGAGAAGGUUCGACCCUACGUCAAGGACACCAUCUGCUUCCUGCACACUGCCCUGCGGAAUGGCAAGACGAUCCUGGUCGAGGGCGCCAAUGCCGCCAUGCUGGACAUUGACUUUGGCACGUAUCCGUACGUGACGAGCAGCAACUGCAGCAUCGGUGGUGUGCUGACCGGCUUGGGUUUGCCGCCGCAGACGAUUGGCGAGGUGAUUGGCGUGGUCAAGGCCUAUACGACGCGAGUGGGUGACGGCCCCUUCCCCACCGAGCAGUUGAAUGAUAUUGGUGACCUUCUCCAGACAAGAGGCUUUGAAAUUGGAGUGACCACAAAGCGAAAGCGCCGCUGCGGCUGGCUGGAUAUACCGCUGUUGAAGUACACCUCGUUGGUAAACGGAUACACCUGUAUCUGCUUAACGAAACUGGACAUCCUUGAUACGCUGCCAGAGAUCAAGGUGGCUGUGGCCUACAAGAAGCCCAAUGGUGAGAAGCUCGAUCAUUUCCCCGGAACCAUCGCUGAGCUCGGCGCCAUCGAGGUAGAGUACGCUGUGCUUCCCGGAUGGCAAACGUCCACCGAACACAUUCGCAACUUCAAGGAGUUGCCGGAGAAUGCCCAGAACUACGUCCGAUUCCUAGAGAGCGAGCUGAGCGUUCCCGUACGCUGGGUGGGCGUGGGCAAGGGCCGAGAGUCCAUCAUCAAUGUGCAUUAGCCAACCAGAACCAGGUGCCGACGUACUUAUGCCUACAAUAUAUGUGUGUAUAUGAGACGGAAACGCUUUAAAGCCCGUUUAGCCGGAGAUGCAUAGUUGCGGAUCGGCGCAUAACUAACUAAUCCAACCACAGAUACAGAUAAUACAGCCCUAACCCACAGGAAUCAACUAAUAUUUCGACUAUCUACAAAAUUUGGACACAAAUUAUUAGCUUAUUGCUUCUUUAAGUUAUAUUUCUUAGUCUUUGAUGUUCACAAUUUCAUUUUUGAGCGUAGCUGUUGUGGCUCACACGCAUAUUAUCCUAUAUACUAUAUAAAUUGUUUUGAAGAGGACCUUAGUUUUUAAGAUCAUCAGGUGCAGUUUCAGAUUUUGUAUGCAAACGGGAAGCAGAUAUUUUUUAAUGUACAAUAACUAAAUGAUGUUGUUUUAAUAUUUAAAUACAACAGUGUGCUCUGACUUGUGUAAUUGUGUCGCAAGAUAAAUACAUUUUAAAACAGAA